UGAUGCAGCCGAGCGAACUUGUCGACACCGCGCACGCCACUAGCGGAAACCCCCCGCAGCGUGGCCUCAACGGUGGCCGUUUCGACUUUGACGAUGGUGGUACAUAUUGUGGCGGGUGGGAGGACGGCAAAGCCCACGGCCACGGUGUUUGUACUGGACCCAAAGGCCAGGGCGCCUACGCCGGCUCCUGGCACUUUGGCUUCGAGGUUUCCGGUGUCUACACCUGGCCCAGUGGCAGCGCAUACGAGGGCCAAUGGCAGAACGGCAAGCGACAUGGACUGGGCGUGGAGACCCGCGACCGGUGGCUGUACCGCGGCGAGUGGACGCAGGGCUACAAGGGCCGCUACGGCGUGCGCCAGAGCACCACCAGCAACGCCAAGUACGAGGGCACCUGGGCCAACGGACUUCAAGACGGAUACGGCUCUGAAACUUACGCUGAUGGCGGAACAUACCAAGGACAAUGGAUGCGCGGCCUGCGGCACGGGUACGGUGUGCGAACGUCGGCGCCCUUCGGCCUGGCCUCGCACUACCGAGGAGGCGCGCGAGGGCACCGAGGCUCGCAGUCCUCGCUGGCGGACGCGGCGGGGACGCCGGACCCUUCCGAACGACGCACGACGCGCAUGGACGACGCGCGCGGAGGCUUCGUGCUUACGGCCAGCUCCGAGGAACCGGGCCGCCGUGGUUCGCUGGCAGAAAAACCUAAAAAGGGACUGCUAUCUAAAUUACGUAAGCAGCGUAGUGCAGGAGAGUUGGACAAGCGCGGCACGGGGUCGGUGCGGUCGGGCGGCUCGGGGGGCUCGGCCUCCUCCUGGGUGUCGUCGGUGGAGAGCUCCCACUCCGCCAUGACCCAUGCCUCGCUGCAGACUAACUCUAAUGCAAGCUUCGUUGUUGAGGAUGAACACUUAGAUGCGAGUGUAACAGAGACAUACAUGGGUGAAUGGAAAAAUGACAAGCGGACUGGAUUCGGUGUUAGUGAACGCAGC